UCGUCGAUCUGAAAAAAAAAAAAAAAAAACAAAAAAAACAAAUGAGAUAGCGACGGGAGACCGGGGCCCAUUCGAUAACAUCUUCUCGCUUUGUCGGUCUUCGAGAUUCGUGCGCCAGGGUUUCGAUAGGCGAUGGGUUUUGUGUCGGGGAUGGUUAUGGGGGUGAUGUUGGGAAUCGCGCUCAUCGCCGGAUGGAGCCGCAUGAUGAUGCAUCGAAGCACCAAGCGCGUCAGCAAGGCUGUCGACGUAAAGCUCCUGUCUUCUCUUAACCGAGAGGAUCUGAAGAAACUCUGCGGUGACAAUUAUCCUGAGUGGAUAUCUUUUCCUGCAUUCGAACAGGUGAAGUGGUUGAAUAAGCAACUGAGCAAACUAUGGCCUUUCAUUGCUGAAGCUGGGUCAAUGGUCAUUAAGGACUCUGUUGAGCCAAUAUUAGAAGAUUAUCGUCCACCUGGAAUAUCGUCGCUUAAGUUUAGCAAACUCUCCCUCGGAUAUGUAUCACCUAAGAUUGAAGGUAUUCGAGUGCAGAGCCUUAAGGAAGGUCAAAUUAUAAUGGAUAUUGACUUGAGAUGGGGUGGAGAUCCGAACAUAAUUCUUGCAGUGGAUACACUUGUAGCUUCAUUGCCCAUUCAGUUGAAGGAUCUCCAGGUCUUUACUGUGAUCCGUGUUAUUUUCCAGCUUUCUGAAGAGAUCCCCUGUAUUUCUGCUGUUGUGGUUGCCCUUCUUUCAGAGCCAAAGCCUAGAAUAGAUUACACUUUAAAAGCUGUCGGAGGAAGCCUAUCUGCUAUUCCUGGUCUUUCAGACAUGAUAGAAGAUACCGUGAAUUCAAUUGUCUCAGACCAGCUCCAAUGGCCUCAUAGAAUUGUUGUUCCCCUUGGUGGUGUAGAUGUGGACACGAGUGAACUUGAGCUUAAACCUCAAGGAAAGCUUACAGUAACUGUAGUGAAGGCUAGUGCUUUGAAAAAUAAGGAAAUGAUUGGUAAAUCCGAUCCUUAUGUGGUUCUGCACAUACGUCCCAUUUGGAAGGUUAAAACAAAAGUGAUCGACAAUAAUCUCAAUCCAGUAUGGAACGAGACAUUUGAGUUGAUUGCUGAAGACACCGAGACCCAAGCUCUUAUCCUUGAGGUUUUUGAUGAAGACAACCUUGCCCAAGACAAAAGAUUGGGUGUAGCCAAGUUGCCAUUGAUAGACCUCGAACCUGAAAAAGCAAAAGAGUAUGACCUCAGAUUGUUGCCGUCAUUGGAUAUGCUGAAGACCAAAGAUAAAAAGGACAGAGGGAUUCUCACUGUUAAGGUUGUGUACCACAUAUUCACCAAAGAAGAACAAAUCGCAGCACUCGAAGCAGAGAAGAGAUCUCUGGAGGAGAAAAAGAGAAUGAGGGAGACCGGUGUGGUAGGGACUGCAGUCGACGCUGUGGGUGGGGCAGCGUCGAUGGUAGGGUCAGGAGUCGGGCUAGUUGGCACUGGUGUCGGUGCUGGUGUCGGGCUCGUUGGGACCGGUGUCAGUGCUGGUGUUGGGCUCGUUGGGAGUGGACUGGGUGCGGUUGGGUCUGGUGUCGGGACUGGUGCUGGUUUGGUUGGGAGUGGGCUGGGUGCAGUUGGUAGUGGGAUUAGUAGAGCCGGUAAGUUUAUGGGCAAAAGUGUGACUAAUCAAUUCAACAGUGGCCGGAGGACGUAGGAAAUGGACUGUGGGAUUGUGGUGCUGAGAGAAAUGGGAUCUCAAAAGCAUGAAGUUUACUUAUUCUCUCUCUCAAAAGAAAAGAUUUAUUCUAUAGAGGAACCUGUAUGGGAUUUUGUCCCCCCUUGUGAUUUUCAGAAGCUUGUUGAUUUCUUUGUAGCUCCAUGUUAUCUUUCACACUGUUGGAAUUAGCACGAAAACAAUGGAAUUUGUCAGAUUCAAAUACUUCUAUAAAACACACCCAAAUUUUGAUAGAAA